AGAAAUCAAAGUUUGAAGCGUUUCCAACUUUAUGACGCUCAGCUUUAAGCAAAACUUAAAUGUUCUGCGUAGCUGCUGUGUGAAUAAUUUCUUCUCACACAAAAGAAAAUAAAAACAAAAAAAGUGAAUUUUAAAUUAUUCUGCUUUAGCAAGAAAAUCUCACAAUUUUUUUUGAUAUUUUAAAUUUCGAAUGAUGAAUAGUCAUAUAAAAUUAAAAAUUCUUGUGAUUGGUGAAUCGGGGGUGGGAAAAUCAAGCUUAAUGCUUCGUUUUACUGAUGACAAAUUCGAUGCCAAUGAACAACCAACGAUUGGAGUCGAUUUCAAAGUUAAACACUUGGAACUAGAUGGGGAAAAGAUUUACUUACAGAUUUGGGAUACUGCUGGACAAGAAAGAUUUAGAACAUUAAUUCCAUCGUACUACAGAGAUGCAACAGGGGCAAUACUCGUUUACGAUGUCACCAAAACAUCAAGCUUCCAGAAACUUGAAACCUGGUUAGAAGAACUUGAAACGAAUACGAAUCAAAAUAUUACCAAAAUGAUUGUGGGCAACAAAAUUGAUUUGAAAGAUGAAAGGAGAGUUGACAGAGAAAUGGGAAAGAAAUUUGCGAAACAACAACGUGCACUUUUCGUGGAAACUUCUGCAGCAAGCAAUAUUAAUGUUCAAAUGGCUUUUGAAGAGUUAGUCAAAAAGAUCUUGGAAGAUAAUAUUUUUGAUGACAGAAAUGGAGUGUUGAGAAGUAACAUCCGAUUAAGUGGCGCACAAGGACAGGAAGACAAUAAUCAAGCGUCAGGAGGAAGUUGCGGAGGAUAUUGUGGAAGAUAUAAAUCGAAUCCUUUUAAAAUCCUUGUUGUUGGAGAUUCAGGAGUUGGAAAAUCAUGCUUGAUGCUGCGUUUUACAACCGAAAAUUUCAACUUCACUCCUGAAGCUACAAUAGCUGCUGAUGUCAGAGUUAAGACAGUUGAAAUUGAGGGAAAGACGAUAUUUUUACAACUUUGGGAUACAGCAGGUCAAGAAAGAUUCAGAGCAAUGAAUGCUUCCUUCUACAGAGGUGCUCAUGGGGUUAUACUUGUUUAUGAUGUUACAAGAACAUCAAGCUUCCAAAGUCUCAAUUCAUGGAUUGAAGACAUACAAAAUUAUUCUUCAAAUCCAACCAUAAUGAUUGUUGGUAAUAAAAUUGAUCAACCAGAUUUACGAGCAGUACAGAGGAGAGAUGGAAAAAAAUUUGCAGAUUCAAAGCAAAUGCUAUUUGCUGAAACUUCUGCAGCAAAUGACAUCAACGUAGAUUUGAUUUUUGAAGAGGUUGCAAAGAAAAUACUCGCAACUAACUCUACAGACAACAGCAAUUAUGAAAGAAGAGCUCCAAAUAUUAGUUUGCACAGCACUCCGACUAAUCCACCGAUGUAUGUGAAUUGCUGCAAUAAUGUUAAAUUUGUUUUGAAAUGGCCAUUUUCAAAGUAAACAAACGGUUUAAGUCAUUUUUUGCAUUUAUUUUCUCUCACUUUUAAUUAAAACAAAACCUUUCAUUCUAAUGUAUUGUAAAGUUAAAUGAUGGAAAAUUUCUAAAGUUUUAUAAGAAAUCAAUGAAGCAUUAAAAAUUAUUUUUUAUUUUUAAAA